UGCCUUCGAAGAGACCUCGAGGUUCCAAGCUUUCGCCUCAGAGGGAGUUUAGCUGAGCGGUUGAGAAAGUCCUGGAGCUUUUUGUCAGCACCAGGGGCCCGUUGCCGUACAUGGAAGGAACAGCAAGGGAGCCUCUGAGCAUGGGCAGAGUGCGUUCCUCUCAGGGAUAGAUGCUGGAUUUUCUAGGGGAAAGCAGCGCCCUGAUGCAGGUGUGAGCAUGUCAGCCAAGGAGGGUCCCUCUUCCAAGGAGGCCUCAUUGGGGUCUUCGGUGACCCAGAGCCUCCCUGGCGUCUGCGAAGAGCUGAGCAAGACCUUUCCGUGGACUAGCAAGAAGAGGAAGAGCGGCCUCUCCAAGCUUUGCAAGAAGAAAACAUCUCUGACAGAAAAUGGAUGGAAUUCUUAUUGCUUGUCUUCGUUGGCAGCUCGGAACAUCUGUACCAGCAAACUUCACAACUCUUGGACUCAGUUGAAAUCCACUUCUCUCUCUUGUUCGAUAUGCAAUGCCUCUUCUUGUUCCCUCUUAAAUGUCCUGGCCUUGGGAGAAUCUACUCAGGCCCUGCCGACUUCUAUUCGUAAUCCAAACAAAGCCAUCUUUACUGUGGAUGUCAGAACAACUGAGAUUCUAGUUGCAAAUGACAAAGCUUGCAAGCUUCUUGGUUAUAGUACCCAGGAAGUGAUUGGCCAGAAAUUAUCUCAGAUGAUUUCAAAAUCCAGUUGGGAUAUUAUGGAAGCACUAAAGGAAGAACAUGCUGAUGCUGAAGAACAUGAAAACGUAAUUCCUGGAAUAGUGGUAGACGUUAUUUCCCGGAGCAGUGAGAAGAUCCCAGUCUCUGUUUGGACCAGAAGAAUUAAAACACCUCAAAAUAAAUACUGUGUGGUUGUUCUGGAGCCGGUGGAAAGACUUUCUGCCACUGUUUUUUUCACAAGCAAUGGAGAGAUUGUUUCCUGUGACCCACUUUUUGCUCAUCUUCAUGGUUAUGCUGCCUCGGAAGAUGUGAUUGGUCAUUACAUAACAGACCUGAUUCCUUCUAUUCAAAUCCCUACUCCUGGCAAAAAAAUACCCCAGAAUAUCAAGAUUCAGAGAUCUGUUGGCCGAGCGAGGGAAGGGACAACAUUCCCGCUCAGCCUAAAGCUGAAAGUGAACUUGCCUGAUCAAGAUAGUAUCCUAGUACGAGAUAACGAUGAGCCAGAAGUUGAGGCUGACAUUUCAGAAAACAAUACACCAUCCUUCCCCGUGAAUUGUUCUUUCUGUGCCACCAUCUGGGUGUUUACAACCAUCAAUGGAUUGAUAACUGUUCAGGCCGAUGGUACAAUUUAUGGAAUCAGCAACACAUUUUCUCUAAUGCUGUUUGGUUAUGAGAAAAAAGAGCUACUGGGACAGAACAUCACAUUUUUGAUUCCUGGGUUUUAUAAGUAUAUGGACAAAGCUGGGAAUUCCUCUCUGCAGCUCCGGAGGUCUAGAGGAAGUUCUGAUGCAGAAAAUGAGAGCAAAUUUAAACAGACCCGGAUGGAUGGCUGUGGUACAGUGGAAAUUAAUGAAGGAAUCACACCAUACACUGCUGGUGAUAUGUCUUCGUUGGGCCUGCAAGAACAGGAAUUAACUGGGAGCGAUGAAGGACAGUUCCAUACUGGGAAUGGUACCCAGCAGGGAAAUGGUGGCAGUUUGCUUUCUUUUUUGUCACCUCCACCACAAGCAUCCACACCAGUUAAUGGUAGAGACUCCACAGUUAGCAUGAAUGUAUCUGUUGCUGAUCAAAUUCUGUCUUCUGAGAGAGUAUCUGAAGGAGUCAGCACCGACCAUCAGGCAACAAAGCCAGUUAAUUCCCAACAAUGUGAAAUCUCUUCUCCAAAUAAAUCUCAGUCUGAACUCUAUGCAUUAGAAAGCAGAGCUGAGCAGCAAGAAAAGGAUUUUGUCGGGAAAAGUUGUGGCCUACUUCAGGGAGAAGAAGAAGAAGAAGAAGGUGAUACUAUUGAUACUCACAGUUUUUGUUUCCCAUAUGAAAUGAUGGAAUCUGUCCCAAUAAUAAAGAGUGAUGGAGCAGAGCUCCAGAACAGGGAAGAAAGACAGCUGGAUGGUGAAUUUAACCUGCCUUCACUUGUAUUGCCACAUGCAGAGGUGUCUACAUCAUUGAACAGGGAAGAUACAGCAGAUAGCCAUGUGCUGGAUCCUGAUGUAGUCUUUCCUUCUGAGAAUCUAGAGGAUGGACACUUCACUGAGACUGCAAAACCUAUUAGUUCUCAGGAGAAUGAAGCUUGUUUCCCACAACAAUUGCAUAUGGAGCCAAGUGUGUUAGAAGAUGAAACUAAAGUGCAGGAGAGGGUUCUCUCUAGGAAUAGUGCUGACUUUCUUCAGAAAGAAGGAGAAGACAGUCUUUCUGAUAAACAUGCUUCUGGUUUGCUACCUGAAACCUUGAAGUGCCAAUAUACCCCUACAUCUAAUGGAAAAAAUGGUUCUCUUCUAGAUGAUGAGACUUUGGCCAUGAAUAUAUUAGAUGAUUUUGGUCAUGAGAUAAGUGUGCCUUGUGAUGCUGUGCAUGUAUCAUUUGGCACUCCAACUCUGGAUGAGCCAAUGUACAACACAGUGUGUCAUCUGCAGGAAACCCAUGGGCCUCUGGAAAGUAGGGCAAGAAAUGGAGGCCUUGGAAAUGUUCCAUUAGAAAAUUUGUCGAGUGACUUGCCAGCCUUCUUGUAUGAGGAAAGGAGCAGCAACUCUCCUGUUUCUAUGGGACUGUUAUCUCCUUGUGACGACCUUGCAGUUGUGGAGGGAAAGACCACUGAUGUGACAGACUCUCUUUGCUGUGACUUGAAGGAUUUGGGUAUCAGAAGUGGAGAAGUAUGUUCAGCUACACCUGAGCUGACACAACUCUCGUUAAAUGAGGAAGAUCAUGGUCAAUUCCUGAACCAGACGAAUAAUACUUCUGCAAGCAAUCAAAUUGACCUCCUCUUGAAGGGGGAGUCUCCAACUGGCUGUCAGAGAAACUUGCUUGCUAGCAAACAUUCAGGCCUCUCUAGUUUAGAUGUCGCUAGAAACUGUUCUUCGGGGUCUGGAGAGAGCACGGGCCGCCACCUAGAAAUACAUUCUCCAGGCAAUGAGGAACGGUCCCAAGAAGAAUUUAUGGCAUUAAAACAAGUAACAUCUACUCCUGUGAAAGUGCUAUCUCCAGGAAUAAGUUUGAACAAUGAGAUCCACGAAGGAAGCUAUUCAGGCAACUGCUACCACAGAGAUGGUUCCAGGCUCAGCAUACUUUUUGAAGUGAAGCGUGUAGAAUUACAAGACCCUGCUGCUCUUUUUUGUAUUUGGGUUAUGAGAGACCAUUUUCAGAGCCAGAAAGAAGCAGCUGCAAAGACUCAUUUACUUCUUUCCAGAUUGGCCAGUUCCUCUCAUACUGUUGUAGAUGUCUCUGCUGUCAACCUGGCAGAACUGAUCAAAACAACACCUUUGUUUGAGAAUUCACGACGAGUUGAAGAACUGGAAAAACUGAAGGCUUGUGAGGGAGAAUAUGAAAAAAAGUAUGAUACACUUGGACUCAUCGGCAAAGGAGCCUUUGGAUUUGUUUGGACGGCCAAAUGCAGAAAAGAUCAAAAGGAGGUUGUAGUGAAGUUCAUAUGGAAAGAGAGAGUAUUGGAUUAUUGCUGGGUAGAGGAUCCUGAACUGGGGACAAUCACACAGGAGAUUUUAAUUUUGAGAAAGCUUCAGCACCCCAAUAUAAUUAAGGUACUUGAUGUAUUUGAGAACCGGCAAUUCUUCCAGUUGGUAAUGGAGAAGCAUGGAUCCGGCCUGGAUCUCUUCACCUUCAUUGAUAACCAGCCUAAUUUGGAUGAACCUUUGGCAAGUUACAUAUUCAGACAGCUUGUGUCUGCAGUGGCCUAUCUACGUUGUCAGAAUAUCCUUCACAGAGAUAUCAAGGAUGAGAACAUCAUAAUUGCUGAAGAUUUCACUAUCAAGCUGAUAGACUUUGGCUCAGCUGCUUACCUGGAGCCUGGCAAGCUGUUCUACACCUUUUGCGGAACUAUUGAGUAUUGCUCACCAGAAGUGCUCUCAGGCAAUCCAUAUCUAGGACCAGAACUGGAGAUGUGGUCACUUGGUAUCACACUUUAUACCAUAAUUUUUGGAGAAAAUCCUUUUUGUGAGCUGGAGGAAACAAUGGAUCCUGUAUUAAGGCCUCCUUACAGUGUGUCAGAUGGCCUGAUGGAUCUCCUAUCUGGACUCUUGCAGCCAUUUCCAGAGGAUCGCACAACAUUAGAAGUUGUAGUAAAGCAUCCUUGGGUGACACAAUGUGUGAACCUGGCCAACUACACAUGGGAGGAAGUAUUUGCCUCUGUCAAGUCAGAAGGCGGCCGUUUCAAAAUUUUCUCUACUGUCUGCAGUCACGGUGGCAUCUGGGCGGCCCCGAGUAUAGAGAGUGAGCAAAGCUUUAACGAUGAUCUCUAUAAUUUCGAACAGCCUAAUCCUCCUCCCACAAGAAUUGGCACUUCUUUAGAGCAAGAGCCAUCAACUUCCCUCCAGUGUCAGGACUAGAGACAUCUGUGCUCUCAACAUCAUCUUGGUCAUCCUUAGCUGCUAAUGAAAAGUUGCCACAAGGAUAUAAAUUCUUUUACUAUCUAUAUGUUGUGAAUAAGUGGAAUCAUGCAAAUCUCUAUGCUCAUUAUGAGCAGCUAUCACACCUACAGGCUCUAAGAACCAACCAUGGAAUUAAAAAUCCAUGCAUUAGAUUUUAAAGAGACAAUACUAAUAACUCCAGGACAUCUAGCAGUCUGGGUGCUGGUGUUGCCAGUGGAUAUAACAAGCAACUACUCUCCUAUUUGUGUAUCAUACAUUGCGAUUAUAUUCGUCGGGGCAGGCCCAUUGUCUUUUAAUAACAAUUUGGUUGUAAUUAUUGGCCUAGAUUACUUAAGUGGUAGGAAUUAUUUUUAAUUUUAAAUAUUUUGUGGAAACACUGUAUUUUUGUGCCUUUUUUACUGGCAUACCAGACCAUCAUUUAUUUAUGGGGUCCAUUUGAGAUGACUGAUGAUGUGAACUAACUACAUGAUAAAGGUGUUCUAGAAAGGGUUUCUGAUGGCCCCAGAUUCUAGCUUCUUUCUGUUGUAAGAGAUCAUCUAUUGCCAAAUCAUAUUCAUAGCCAAGAAGAUGACAUAAGCCAACAAUAAUCCUUUUCUUGACUUCUUGGGGCAGUUAUGGUACUGAGGAUUUUUGAGGUGAUAUCCAGCAGUUGAUAAGUUCAAUUAUUGCUUAUUAAGAGAAAAGAAAGGAUUUCUAAGUAUUUAUUUCACUAUUGUACUUUUAAGUGAAUUCUCCUCAGAGGAUCUUAAUCAAUUUUCAUGUAAAUUUUAAAUUUUUUAGAACCUAGUCCUGUUGAGAGAAGCAGGCUUGGAAAUACCCCCUAAAUACUUUCAUUUCUCUGGAAGCUAUGUGAAAUUUUGAAUUUUAUGACAGCAAUAGCUAUUUUUAUAAAUGCUCAGACUAUUUUAUAAUUCCCUUUUGGUUUUUGAAACGGCAUAUUAUUUUUUUCCUAAGUGAGUUGUACUAUAGUACAACAGGAUAAUUUUUCAGUACUUCUAUUUAUGAAUAACAGGAAAUGUUUUGAAACAAUUAGUGUGAUUGUAUUGGAUUUUAAAAGUGUAGGCGUUUCAGUAAUAUAUUCAGAUAUUUUUUAAUUGAAUAUACUGAUGGUUAUUUUACUGGAAUCGAAUAUAAAUGCUUUAUGUCUUCCAUUUCUUGAAGGAAGAUAUGAAUUUGUAGUGAAGAAAAUAUUGGAAAGAGUCAUAUGAGUUCCUUUUUCAAAACACAGGUGGGAUGUUGACAAUAAUUUGAUUAAUAUCUGAUUAAUAUAAUUUCAAAUAGGUUUCUACAGUGCUCUGGUCCUUCUGCUUAGGAGGCAUUGAAUUUUAGAGAAAUGUCUACUAAUGAUCAUAUUGUCCAAAAUCCAAAUGAGAUAUAUUCCCUGAAAUUACUGAAGAAAGGGUGGAUACUUUUUCUGUUACUGGAUGCUAUUCCUUUGGAGCAAAACUAUCUUUAGCUUACCAGGAUUUGUCAACUAAACUUUUAACCUGAAUGGCAAGCCACCUCACGGGUCUCGAAUUUGUACUGUAGUCUGUAUUUUAAAACAUGGUAGCUUUUCUGAUUGCCAUGGUGUCUAUCCUAAUUGUUCCAAAGGGAUACUAAAUGUUUGUAUCUUAACAUGUGCCCAUAAAUCCUAUCUUCCUAUCAA